UCCAGGCUGGCGUAGCUCCGUCUCCAGGUGAGACAGGAAGUGGGAAGGAUGCUGAGCUGUGCUCCAGCCCCUCACAGCGCCCCCUGCUGGCCCAGGAGGACAGUGACAUGAGCCUGAUCAUUACCCUGGAGGACGAGCAGCGAGGGAAGAGACGCCGGAGGAAGAGGAGGGGCGGGGCGAAGAGGAAGAGGGGCGUGGCCUGCGGGGAGGUGGGCGGGGCGGGGGGCUCUGUUUCGGGGCAGGAGGGGGGGUCAGAGGGCCUGGAGGAGAGUCAGAUGGAGGUGGAGAUCGACAGACAGCUGGACAGAGAGCUGGAGAGCAAGUCCCGCCAGCACAACCUGACCUCCGCCAACGUGCGCAACAUCAUCCAUGAAGUCAUCACCAACGAGCACGUGGUGGCCAUGAUGAAGGCGGCCAUCAACGAGACGGAGGCCAUUCCGGUGUUUGAACCCAAGAUGACCCGCUCCAAACUAAAGGAAGUGGUUGAGAAAGGAGUGGUGAUCCCUACCUGGAAUAUCUCCCCCAUGAAGAAACCCAACGAGCUGAAGCGCCCCCAGUUUGUGGACAUCCCACUUGAGGAGGAGGACUCCUCCGAUGAAGAGUACCGCCCUGACGAAGACGAGGAGGACGAGACGGCCGAGGAGACGUUUUUGGAGAGUGACAUCGAGAGCACGGCCUCCUCCCCCCGGGGCAGCAGGGGGGUGCUGGCCCGGAUGGUCGCCGAGGGCGACGAGGACAGGAGCUGCAGCCCUAUGCAGCGUUCGCUCAAGUCCCGGCACCUGCGGGUGGAGGCCGUGCCCAUGGGCCCCCCUCCGCCCCCGAAACCCCCCGGCCCCCAGAGGCCCCCCAGGGCCCCGUCAGAGUGCAGCUUCAUGGAGAAGCUCCACGCCGUGGAGGAGGAGCUGGCCAUCAGCCCCAUCUGCCUGGAGCCCUACCAGGCUCUGAGCGGGGCGGCCGAGGGGGGCAGUCUGAUGGCCUGCCGCACCCGCUCCAAACGCACGCUGCGGGACGUCCCGCUGGGGAGGCUGGAGGCGGAGCUGCGCGCCCCCGACAUCACCCCGGACAUGUACGACUGCGGCUCCGCCCCCGAGGACAGGGAGUGGACCCAUUGGCUGCAGGGCCUGAUGACCUCAGACAUGGAGAACGACGAGGAGGGUGAUGAUGAAGAUGACCCGGAGUAUAACUUCCUGGCGGACAUCGACGAGCCAGACGUGGAGGACUACCGUAACGACCGCGCUGUUCGCAUCACCAAAAGGGAAGUGAGUGACCUGAUGGAGGAGCUGUUUAAAACGUUCCAGGAUGAGUUGGUGGUGGAGGGGCAGGAUGAAGAAGGGCACGAGGAAGACGAGGAGAGGGAGGAAGAGACAACACUGCCCCAGGAGGCUCCCAGCUUCAACAUCCCCCAGACCAUCAGGCUGGAGGGGCCCCUGGCGGAGGACGUGCUGGCGGGGCCCCACCGCACAGUGAAGGAGCAGCUCGCCGCCCUGCGGCGGCAUCGCGCCCUGCUGGAGAGCCAGGGCCAGGGGGACGGGGCCCCCCCGCUGCUGGGCCCGGCCUGCACCCUGCUGCUCACGCCCCCGCAGACACAGCAGCUCCAGCAGCAGCUCCAGCAGCACGUGCAGCUGCUGACCCAGGUGAACAUGCUGACCAGCCCGGUGGAGACCCUGCAGAGCGAGGCCAUCACCACCCGCUUCUUCCUG